CCGGAUACAAUGGCCUGUGCUUUGCAUGCGCGGCCCGGCGCGCCGGCUGCCCGCCGUCGCGGACGCCCUAAUAAGACAACGCCGGGGCCACCCCCGUCUCCGGAAGCAGGGGCGCGCCUGCCUCCGAUGGAAUCCUCCUCACAGCGAAAAACUGCCAGUGGUUCCACUUGGAUCAUCCGUUUACAAGUUCAUCUCUAAAAUAAACGCCUUGUCUGGACCAGGACUGAUGUGUCACUGGGUUUUCCCACCUUCAGUGGAGGACAGCAGAAGAAUGACGUCAGAGCCCCAUCGGAGCGUCGCAGCGGCUGCGGUCGCCGGUCGCCACCCACGUAGGGCAACAGAGGCAGGCGAGGUGAGGUGAGGUGAGGUGAGAGAUGCUGCGCGCCCGGAGCCCACACCUACGCCCUGUCCUUUUAUAUUACCUCGCGGUCGACCUCUGGUUACGCACGGGCAUUCUGCUAGGCGUUUUCCGGGAGAUGCACUGAAGAAUCCAGUACGUGCCAUAACGAAGCAGUCAACGAAAAUGGGAUGUGGGCGACCGUGGACAUGUAAACUCUGCUGAAGAGAGGUUUCAUGGACUAAAUUCGCGUAAGUGAACGUCAAGUCACAGUAGGCGCUUUCAUAAAGCAAUACC